CGUGACUGCCACCGGACGGCUGUCUGUAGAAAGUGCAGGGAAACGUGCCACAUAGUAACACACACACACACACACGCAGCCAUGCAGGCAGCUCAACCCGGACCAGAAGCAGCAGCAGAAAUGUAAAGAUGGAUUAAAAAAUUAUGUGCCUCGGCUGCCGUCGUCAACAUGUUCCCGGGAGUUUUCUAUGCAUUGCUGGCGGGUUUCCUCGGGGCCGUGGCGUCGUCGUCGGCCAAACUGUCCCUCGGAGCCGACUAUUUGAAGGGAGUCUGUGAAACCGGACUCCGGACGUGGGGAGAGCAGCGGAAAUUUAGACAAGCGGACGAAACUACCGCCUGUGACCGGCUCCAUAUCCCUCUGAGGCUGCUGUGUGGCGGGCUGCUUUUCACCUGCAAUGCUGUGAUGUGGACCUUCCUGGCCAAAGCACUCAGGUACUCCUCUUCCUCCACCCGAACCACUGUGACCACUACCGCCUCCAACUUCAUAUCUUCCGCUUUCCUGGGGCAGCUGAUCUUUGGUGAGCCUCAGAUAAUGUUGUGGUGGGUUGGGAUCUCCCUAACAUUUUCUGGUCUGCUAGUACUGCAGAGGAUUUCACCACAGGAUGGACGUCAGAACGCAGGCACCAAGGAUGAAUAAUAUGUCUUGUCUCCACUAGCUCCAGCUGGCACUGGUAUGUGGUGUGUUUUGGUCUCCAUCUCCUCCAAUUUUAACUAAUCUAGCCAAAUAAUAGUGAAAUGGUAAUGUUAAGUAUAUCUGGUCUAUUUUUUUCUUACACAAAAGCGUAUUUACUUAAUUAAAACCCAUGUUCUGCUCUACAGUGAAAAAACAAGUAGAAUUAACUUUGUUUCCAUGUAGGCUGACAAACACUGCUGGCUCAGCUGUGGUGCAGCCCUCUUUAGGCCUGUACUAAAAUCAGAGGAGGUGCUGGCCUUCAGCCAGUCUAACCGUGGCACAACUACAGGCCACAGCCUGGCUAGUGGAGACAAGCAAAUGGAUGCCCGUGUCUGAAGAUCUAAAAUCAUCUCUGUUCACAGGCUUACAGUGACGCAAAAAUUACAACAGCACAACAACUCAUGAGCUGACAGAAGAGAUGUGAGGGAAGGGAAGAGACUAAAAGGAAUAAUUCAACAUUUUGGGAAUUUCUCUGAUUUGCUUUUCUUGCUGAGAGUUAGAUGAACCAGCGGCUGAUUAGCUGUUCCAUCCUGUUUCCAGUCUGUAUGCUAAGACGGACACACAAGAGUGAUGGUGUUCAUCUCAUUUAAAGCUGGGGUUGGUAAAUUUGGAAAACAAACAAGAGAAUUGUUUUGAAAGUAUUCAACCUAAACACACACACUCACUUCAGCCCCUCUUCUUAAGCCACUCCUUCGAAACAUCUAAAUGCAUACUGACUGACUUCACUACUCUAACAGCCGUAGUUGCGAGGUAUGUGUUAGCGGCGAGUGUGCCAUGUUUAACAAGCUCUUGUAGCAUUUAUAUUCUAAUAAAUACAGAUAUAAUCACUCUAUUAAAUCUCACACAAUCAUAUAAAAACUAGCUAAAUAGCAGUCACGAGUGUAGCUCUGUCCAAAAAGGCUACCCGACCUGGCAGUUAAUGUUCACUGCUGUAUGUUAGCUGUGUUUGCCACUGAACAGCUGUUGCUACCUAAAGCUAACUUCACUGUGAUUGUGAAAGUGCAGCACAUCAUUGUAACAAUAUCCAACUACCUCAGGUCUCAUUCACAUGUAAGGAAACAAAUGAAGUAAACGACAAAUAUGGCUACUCGCAGGUGUCAGGCUAGCAUGUUUUGGGGAAGUUUGGCUGCACUUUCUCUGCCUUUCUUGUGCAACCACAUCGCUGAAAGCUUUAGCAAUGUAAUCAGCCUUGCUUUGUGCAAGACGCAAUGAUGUGCAAUGAAGACACAGGCAGUGUGUGCGCAAGUAGGCAGGUAUGUUGAUAGGCAGGCAGGUAGGUUGAUGUAUUUAGUACAAUCCAAGAACAACCACAGACACCAGGGUUUUUUUCUUUUGUCAUUUUGUAAGAGUAUUAGAUUUAUUCAUUGCUGGCAAAAAGAAAUACAUUACCAACCCUGCCUUUAACAUUCAGCAAAAGAAAGUGCAUUUUUCAAAAUGUUGAACUAAUUCUUUAAAGUAAAAGUCAGAUAAUACAUUAAAUGUAUAAUUCAAGAACCUGUGUGGAUAUUGACAGACUUUUGGGUUUUGUCCAUGAGCAAUGGACAAAUAGCAUCAUUGGCUAUGCGCAUGAUGUCACCAUUAAUCAGCCUGUACUGUGCAUUAUGUAUUGCAGCCAUCAGAUCACCAAAGCUUUCUUAAUUCUCACAUUUCCUUAAGUUACUAUAACAUUCACUAUAAACACUGACAUUGCAUUUUAUGCAUGUUCAAGGCAUCUUAUAUAUGAAGCACUUAGCUAACGAGGUGUACUCGUACUUUCACAAGUAAUAAUAUUAAUGUAGCGCUGAAAGGCUCAUCCCUGGUGAGAAUUUGCUCUCCGCCUGUGUCUUUGUUUUACGUUUGUAUUUGCCUUUCUUGAUAGCUUUGAACCAUAACCUCAACAUAUGGGCAUGACGCUUGUUUUUUCAGGCAGCUGGUCUUCCAUUUCAUGAUAGAUGUGCACAUGUUCCUACCAAGGCCUGAGCUCAAAUAUCUCACACCAAAGCAUCCUGGACAUCAGACUAUGUCAAAGUGGUGUCCCUGUGAGCUGCUUCGCCUCAUUUAAGUCAAAAUCUUGUGACUUCAGCGGCCAAACCGUCUCUCCAGCAAAAGAGACAUCCCUUGGCCUCUUGAUUGCCUGCUGAGUUUUAUGUGCCCUGCAUUUGCAAUCUUUUAUAAUUCUGUUGCACGUCAUGAAUAUCAGUCUAUCACCCUAUAAUCUCUCGGGGUUUCAUAGACACCUGGCUUCAUUUAAAGCUUCCCUCUACAUCCCUGAAGUUGUCAGUGAGAGUGCGAUAGCAUUAUACUUCCUUUAAAUCUCAUAACACUGUGAUGUGUGUAACAGCGAGGGAGCUUUGAGCAUUAAUAAUUUAGCCUGGAAAAUGGCAAUAUAUGCUACUGGAGGGACAUUUCUGUCAGCAUAAAUCAGCUAAGUCAAUAUACUGUAAUACACAGGAAUUUGCCUGAAUAUGACAUGAAGGGUUGCUUUAUUGAACAGUAUUUUAAGGUCACACUUUGCUGUUUGGAUACAUAUCAUAAUGUAAAUGUAUAACAGUAUAAAUAUAAUACCUGUCUGUAAUAUCUCACAGCAGCAAUGCACAAAUAUGUCAGAUGUCCUUCCAACCAACUGCUGCUGUGCAGGAUUUGUAUGAUGUGAUUUACAUGCAUCCCUAUUAAUGUGACUGCACUGAAAAUGUGAAUUUAUAGCUCAUAUACUUAAGGCCGGCUGAGUUAUGUUUCAUAACAGGACUGUACUCACCAUCACAGGAUUUUUCAGCAGAGGAGAUCACUCAUAGUCACGAAGUCAGAGGUUUGUGCCUCUACAUUUUUAAAUCCUGGACGUGUUUGCAUUAAAUUCAAAGAAUUACACAUUUUGGAAAAUUAUGCUUAUUAGUUAUCUUCCCAAGAGUUGGAUGAGAAGAUUACACUACUUUCACGUCUGUAUGAUAAAUAUGAAGCUGGAGCACGACACGUGAGCUAUAUGCUUUAGCAUAUAGCAAACAUUUAGCUCAUGGGCUAACAGACAAGAUGGGAAGGCAGGAAGUGACUUAAAGGAAAUGGGGGAAAAGGGGUGUUAGCUUGCCAAGAGUUUCAUAAAGAAAAAAAUAUACCAGUCUAAAUUCUAUCAGAGUAAUAUGAAACUGAAGCUAGCAGCCGGUUAUCUUAGCUUAGCACAAAGGCUGAAAACAUGGUAAAACAGCUAGCAUGUCUCUUUCCAAAGGUAACAAGCUCCACAUAGUGGUAUGUCUAAAGCUCACUAACUGACUGGUGAGUCUAGCUUCAUAUAUACUUGACAGAAAUGAGAGAAAUAUAAAGCUGACUUGAGGCAUUUGAAGCAAACAAGAGAGACUGGCCAAAGAAUAGUUAAAUAGUUAAUUUUUAGAGGGAGUUAUGCAUGUAAUAUAAUAAUGACAAAUAACCUGUUAAUCAGUUAGCUUUAGAGGUGCUGGUAGAUAGAUUUUAUUGCUUUCAGACAGAGCCAGACUAGCUGUUUCUCCCUGUUCCCAGUCUUUAUGCUAAGCUAAGCUAACUUGCUGCUGGUUGUAGCUUCAUAUUUAAUGAAUUAGAGUAUCUUCUCGUCUGACUCUCAUGCAAGAUAGGGAAUAACCAAACUUCCCAAAAUGUCAAACCGUAGUCUGUAGUCUUAGCUUUUGAUUCUUAAGAUUUAUUUGGUGCCUGGCUACUCUAGAGUUAACAACAUGAUAUGAGAGUAAACCAUGGACCUGUGAACCCACUCUCACUAUAAUGUAAACAGUCAGAGCUUGGCAGUAGUCACAUUUAUAGCUACAUGACAUUAUGGCCCUGAGUGUGGUGUAUUUAUAUCCAUGUGCACAUAAACUGUAGAUGUGGUUGUACAAAGAUUAUAAGACAAUUAAAACUGAUCUUGACUUGGCAAGGUGGGUCUCACAUUGACGAAUUAAUGUACUACAGUGCAAAAAGUUUUUAUUUGUCUUUGACCUGCCCUGGUUUACUGUUAAUACCAGAGCUUCUUUUUGCUGUUGGUUCUGUUUCAUGAUGGCGGAAGAAUUACGGAAACGGGACUAACUUUUCAUUAUUUUGUUGGUACUGUAUCUUAUAUGUGCAGAUUGGUCAUCACUUCAAUCUGAAGCUGCAGCUGAGCAGACAAAUAUGACAUAAUGUUCGCAAAUCAGGACAGUGUGAUUAGAAGCAAGUUUGCUGGUAUAAACCAUCCAUAAUGUGUCUUACAGAUUAGUUGAAACAAAUAUUUGUGUACAUUUUUUCUGUUAAUAGGGAUCAUUUAAAGGGGUGUGUUGAUUUCCAUGUCAACUGAGAGAUGGAGCACUGUUGAAUUAUUAAAUGAACAUCUCAUCUGACAAA